AUGCCAGAGUUUUCAGUGCUCUGGCUUUUGCUCGCCGCUCUUCUUCCUGCUUUCCUCCUUCUGCUCCGGCUCCUAUAUGUGCUUCCUUGUUUCCGACUGGCUGCUGACAAUUCGAAGAAACUGCUCACAGGCUCGAUUAUGGUGCUUCUAGGCUCCGGCGGGCAUACGGGCGAAAUGCUUCGGAUGUUGGCCCCUGUGCCUCUUGGCAACUGUUCCAGAACAUGGAUUGUCUCUUCUGGAGACACCACGUCGCUCGAAAAGGCACGGGCGUACGAGGAAAAGUUGGAAAAGUUGGACGGGACGUCCAGCUCUACUUUUGUCCAAUUGCCGCGGGCUCGGCGCGUGGGCGAGCUGCCGUUGCUGUCUGUUGUGAGUACUGUCGUCUCCAUCGCGGCGACAGCGCAGAAAAUCUGGGAUUUGGGUCCUCCGGAUGUCCUUUUGGUCAAUGGUCCUGGAACAAGCGUGGUUCUUGCGUAUGUGUUGUUCGCCAUGAAGUUUUUGGGCUUGGGCCGCACGCGCAUAGUGUACAUCGAGUCCUUGGCCCGUGUGAAGCUGCUCAGUUUGAGCGGAAGACUCAUAUUUCCUAUUGCUGAUCGGUUUGUGGUUCAAUGGAAGGAGUUGGCUAUUCGCUAUCACAGAGCGGAGUACCAUGGCAUUCUAGUGUAG